AUUUGAAAAAAUAAACGUUACUUUUUACUGCGUUCUGCGUACAAAAUCUACAAACUAAAAAAGUUUUCAAUUAUUGUUCAAGUUAUAGGUUGUACUUUUUACGUUUUUGUGUUGUGUUAAAAAUGAGCUGGUAUUGGAAGUGGCGUAGUUAUGAUUAUGAUGAUUAUAGUUAUAGAUCUUAUAAUAAUUGGGGAUACCAGAGAAAACCAUUGUCGCAACAUCAAUCUACAUCAGCAGCCUCCGCUAGCAGAAAAUAUCCAUACCUAGCAGAAUAUUCGAUUAAAAGCGUAAAAUGCAUGGAAUGCUUGGCUAGUAUUCCAAAAGGUGCUUUACGUCUUGGUGUCAUUGUCCAAGAUUUAAAAGAUGAUAAUAAGGUCCAACACUGGUAUGAUUUUGAAUGCUUUUUCCGUAAGCAAAGACCAAAAAACACCGUCGAUAUUUUUAAUUUUGAGUCAUUGAAACUAUCUGAUCAAAAUAACAUAAAGCAAGGUAUUCAAUCAAAUACUUUUAGUAUUCUUCCCGACUCAAUUCUGCAGAAUGCUACAGGACAGAAGCGAGCCGCAGGUACAGAUUACUUCCUAAAACAGAAAGCUUUAAGAGACUUUACAAUAGAAUAUGCAAAAACUAGCAGAGCUAUGUGCCGUGGGUGUCUUAACAAGAUUCUUAAAAAUGAAGUACGAAUUUCUAAAAAGAACUAUGAUACAGAAGUUGGAAAAAAAUUUGAUGGGCAGGAUAUGUGGCACCACGUUACUUGUUUUGUUGCAUUAAGAGAAGAUUUAGGUUAUUUUGAAUCUGCUGACAAAUUACCAAACUUUUACAAUUUAAAAAAAGAGGAUCAAGAUUGGGUUUUAAAAGAGUUAUACGCUGUCAAUCCUGAUGAUCCAGAAAUAAAGAAAAGCAAAAUUGAUUCUGCUACACCAAGCACAUCUCAAAGCCAAUUAACCCAGGAAGAUGAAAAUCAGUAUGAAGCCCAAAAUAAGAUUUUGUUUGACUGGAGAGAUAAAUUAAGUACAUUAACAUUAAAACAACUAAAAAAUUUACUUUCUCUUAAUGCACAGGUUGAGCCUGACGACAAGGGAGCGAUGCUAGAUAGGCUGGCAGAUGGAAUGACGUUUGGAGCACUACUCCCUUGCAAAAAGUGCAACGGCCAACUUGUAUUUGAAAACGGUGGUUAUAUGUGCUCAGGUAGAUUAUCCGAAUGGGCUAAAUGUGAUGGUGCAGAAAGAGAACCUGAAAGACAACCAUUCAAAGUAUCUGCUGGACUUAAAAGAAAGAAACUGGCUGGUUAUGUUUAUGAGCCGAGAACUAGAAUAAUACUAAGUGAAAUGCCUAGUACAAGUAAAACUGGAGUCAAUUAUUUCAAGCCAAGGGUCAUUAAGGAUGCACCAGCUUUGUAUGACAUGCUUUUUGUUAUUGUGGGUAAACCCCCAAAAGGUAAAGAUGAAAUUAAAAAACUAGUAGUAUCCAUGGGUGGAAAGGUUAUCACAAAAAUUGACGAGAAAGUGGCAGCCAUUAUUUCAACUGAAAUAGAAGUGGAGAAAAUGAACAAGCGAAUGCAAGAAGCAGAGAAGUAUGACAUUCACGUUGUUCCUGACGAUUUUCUAGAUGAAGCCAAAAACAAUGUUGGUAAAAUAGCUGACUUGAUUAUAGAGAAAAGCAUUUGUGAGUGGGGUUCAGAUCCUACCAAUCGUUUACCAAAAAAGGAAACAAAUCAGUACAAAAGUAUUUAUACUAAAUCAGGUCCAGCUAAGGUUACUAUUAAACUCAAGGGGGGCUCUGCUGUUGAUCCAGAAUCAAAUUUGGUAGAUUGUGCACAUGUGUAUGAAGAGAAUGAUACGAAGUAUACAGUUGUGUUAGGUCUUACUGAUAUUCAGCUAGGAAAAAACAGCUACCACAAAAUGCAGUUACUUCAACAUGACUCUGGCCAUUCAUAUUGGAUAUUUCAAGCUUGGGGCAGAAUUGGUACAAAUAUUGGAGAUCGUGAGACCACAUCUCAUUACUCAUUAGACUCAGCCAAGAAUUUCUUUUUCGAACAAUACAAAAAGAAAACCGGCAAUGAUUGGAAUAAUAGACAUGACUUUAAAAAACAACCCAAUAUGAUGUAUCCUAUUGACGUCGAUUUUGCCGAAGAAGAUUUUAAAAAGUACGAAAUUUCAGAAACGCCUUCUGUCUUACCAACGCCGGUUCAAGACUUACUCAAGAUGAUAUUCGACAUCAAUGCCAUGCAAAAACUCAUGCUGGAAUUUGAACUAGACACCCAGAAGAUGCCAUUGGGAAAAUUGAGCAAAGCCCAAAUGGAGAAAGCUUUUGGGGUUCUUAGUGAGCUACAAGUGUUACUCUCAGAUAAAGCAGAUCGUGCCCAUUUCAUAGAUGCAUCUAAUAGAUUUUAUACGUUUAUUCCUCAUUCGUUUGGAUUAGGUACUCCUACAAUACUGGAUAAUGAAGAGAUUAUUAAGAAAAAAGUCGAAAUGCUGAAUAGUUUACUGGAACUUGAAAUCGCGUAUAAUUUAAUGCAGACUGCAAACAAGGGUGUAGAUGAUUACUACAAAGGACUAAAUACAGAAAUCGGGGUACUUGAUAGAAACUCUCGAGAAUUUAGAAUUAUUCAAGAUUACGUGCAGUUUACACAUACUACUACUCAUAAUAGUUACACGUUGAUUGUUGAAGAAGUUUACACUAUCAAAAGACAGGGAGAGGAAGAAAGAUUUGACAAAUUCAAAGGAUUGCAUAACCACAAGCUUUUGUGGCAUGGUUCUAGAGUCACAAACUUUGCAGGUAUUUUAUCGCAAGGACUUCGAAUAGCUCCUGCGGAAGCCCCCAACAGUGGCGCAAUGUUUGGAAAAGGUAUCUACUUUGCUGAUAUGGUAUCUAAGUCAGCCAAUUACUGCUUUGCUACCAGCGUAAACCCCGUAGGAUUAUCUUUACUCUGUGAUGUCGCAUUAGGAAACAUGUAUGACAGGUUGGAUGCAGAAAAUAUUAGAAAGCUACCUCAAGGAAUGAACAGUUGUAGAGGUUUGGGAAAAACUCAUCCUAAUCCACAAUAUAUCCAAAAAAUAGGUGAUAUGGUGGUACCGACUGGAAAAGGUGUACCGCAGGAAGCAGCAGCUAAAUCUCAUUUGCUCUACAAUGAAUAUAUUGUUUAUGAUGUAGCGCAAGUGAACAUAAAAUAUUUGGUGAAGAUGCGUUUCGACUUUAAACAUCGCCAAUAUUAAUGUUUUUACUGUUAAUGAAAAAUACGUAUCGAGGGAUUUUUUUAUAAACAUAGGCCAAAGUCUGUAAAUGUAGUUUUUUAUCUGUAACAUCAUGUUAUGCGCUAGAAUGCCGGACUAAAACAUUAUAUUGUCCACAGUAUUGUUUGAAAUGUUUUGUCUAUAAAAUUGCUAGUGAUUUACUACUGCUAAAAUUUUAUAAUGUCAAGAUUAUUUGGCUGUGCAAUACCUUUAUCCACAUCUUCAAGAAAUUAACGCAUCACCUUAAAAAUGUGUCAUUUUUGAUGUCUCGAAUUUCCCAUAACUGUUGGCCGAUUUAACUGAUGUUUUUAAUAUGAUAUAGCCUUAUUCUUUAACAGUAUCGGUGUAAUAAUAUUGUUGCUAGACAGGUAAAUUGCCAUUGUAUACUAUACUGGAUGUACCAAACAGUGAUUUUUUCUUAAAGUUCACGUGACCCUGUGGAAUAUUCUAGCAUCUAUAAAAUACUGAAAUUAAAACCCAAUUAUAGCCUCAGAUUUUCUUAACAUUCUGUUUUUUAUUCAUUCGUUUAUGUUGGAUAACAAAAAAAGUUAGGAAGUUUAACAACUAGUCUUGUUUUUCGUCAAUACAGGGUGUUUUCAAAUCAGUAUGGCAAACUUUAAGGGGUAAUUCUGCAUGAAAAAAUAAUGACUGCUUUAUAAACAUAUGUCUGCAAAUCCCUUGUUUCCGAGAUACAGGAUGUUGCAUUUUUUCUUACAAACUGACGAUUUAUUUAUUGCUCUAAAACCGGUUAAGAUAUGCAAAUAAAAUUUGGUGGGUUUUAAGAGGUAGUUAUUGCACAUUUUUUGAAUUUAAUAUUCACCAUUGGCGCACGUAAGUAAGGGUCAUAUUACCCGUAUGCGCGCCAGUGGUGAACAUAAAAUUCUUAAUUGUAUGUCAAAAAUGCACAAUAAGUACCUCUUAAAACUUAACAAAUUUCAUUUGCAUAUCUCAACCGGUUUUAGAGCAAUAAAUAAAUCGUCAGUUUGUAAGAAAAAUUUCAACACCCCCUAUCUCCGAAACGAAGUAUUUGAAGACAUACGUUUAUAAAGCUUAUUAUCAUUAUUUUUCAUGCAAAAUUACCCCUUAAAGUUUGCCAUUGGCGAGGAACCGCAAAGUGGGCGACGCCUGGUGGCGAAUUUGAAUAGCAUCAACUCUAGGAAAACAUUAAGUUUGUCAUUAAUUGGUGUACAUAUUUGCGCUCGGUUUAUGUUGUAAUUAACUGAUUUCGACUUUUGCACAUUAUUGCAGUGUUCCUCAGUAUUCAUUCCUAUUAUACUCUACGUAAUGACGUAAACUAAUGCCAAAUCACACAUUUUGUUAAUUUAACGUUUGUAUUAAACGUAGUAUUUUUUAAUGUUUACGCGACUGCAAAAUUAAAUAAAUUAAAUGUAGUAUAUAUUCUGUGCAUAUAAUGUACAUUGUUAUGCAAAAUAUUCCGACCACCUCAUAAUUUCCAGAACACAAUUAUUAUAAAAUAAAUUCACCUACUUAGUUUCCAGUUUUUAUUUGAUUGAAAAUUGUUAUCUGUUGGUGUAAAAUAAAUUGUAGUGUACCUAUUAACUAAAUUAAAAACAAAAUUAGAAAUUCUAAGAUAGAUUAAUAAUUUUUAAAACGCUGUGUGAUUAUCGGUGGGCCAGAUUUUUUUAUGAAAAAAAGGUAAAAACAAAUCAGUAGUUAGCAUAAAAUUUUAAUGAAUUCAUACAGAUGAAACAUAAUUUUGAGUCGUCUUUAACCUAUAAGAUGUCUUAGUGGCAAAACUUAGUGGUUACUUUGGCAAAACACUCAUGUAAAUGAUUUUAAUUUAACGUUUCAAAACUGUGAGGUCAAAUGACAAAAUGAAUUGUUUUCCUAGAGUUAUCGUCCAUCAUUGAAAUUAUGAGCGCGCUCUGUCGGAAUUUAAUUUUGCGAAUACUUAUUGUAUUUGCCAACAUAAGCGAAUGAAUAAAAAACAAAAUGUUAAGAAAACCUGAGGCUAUAGUUGGGUUUUAUUCAGUAUUUAUAAAUGCUAGAAUAUUUCACACGGUCACUUUAACUUUGAGAAAAAUCACUGCUUAAUUGGUACAUCCGGUAUACAAUGGCAAUUUACCUGUCUAGCAACAAUAUUAUUAUACCGAUAUUGUUCAAGAAUAAGGCUAUAAUAUAUUAAAAAAUAACUUAAAUCGGCCAACAGGUUUGGGAAAUUCGAGAUAUCAAAAUGACCAUUUUUAAGGUGGUGCGUUGAUUGUUUGGAGAAGUGUACUUGUAUAGUUUCAAGCUUGUUGUUAGUCAUGAUAUGUUAUACUGUUGUAUUGUAAUAUACAGGGUGGGCCAAAAAGAGAGUCCUCGAUAUUUGGCAGUAGCUUUAUUGGAUUUUAAGGAAAUGCCGAAACAGGUCAAUUUUUAUUUUUAUAUUGCAAUUUUUUGGCAUAUAUUUCAUACUAGUGACGUCAUCCAUCAGAUGACGUAAUCGAUGAUUUUUUUAAAUGGGAAUUAGGGUCGUGUGGUAGCUCAUUUGAAAGGGUGUUCAAUUCUCUAUUCAGUAAUAUAAACAUUAAUAUCAUUAUUUAUGCAGGAUGACCAAAAAAAUAUUUUUUGGAUUAAAUUAAUUGACACAAGGAGAAGAAUAUAUGUAAUUUAUUUAACUCAAAAUACAUAGUACUGGCGUCAGAAAAUAGAAAAAAGGGUUUAUUUCACAAAAAACAUUUCUUUUCGCUUAAAUUAAAUCACAAACUGCCUCCCACUAGUCGCACCUACAUCUUGACAGUUUGAAUAUUUAAUUAAAGCGAAAAGCAAUGUUUAUUUGCCAAAUAAACAUUUUUUUUUCCAUUUUCUUACAGCCAUAGAAUGUAUUUUGAGUUAAGUAAAUUACACACAUUCUUCUUUUUGCGUCAAUUAAUUUAAUUCUAAAAUUAUUUUUUUGGCCACCCUGUAUAAAUAAUGAUAUUAUUAAAAAGAGAUGAUAUUAUUAAGAGAUGUCGCUGAUUGCGUCCCAAAGUGGAUUUUAAACGAUCUUUAAACUUCCACAUAAAUAAAACAGUUUGGUUUCGUUUUGCUUCAGAGGCAUGCAUGCAGGUCCACUGAUGACGCCGUAAGACAUAAACAGCUGUCUAGAGAUAGUGCAUCGCCUGUCAAUCGAAAGGAAACAUAAACAGUCUUCUUCACAAUGAUAUUAUUGUUUAUAUUACUGAAUACAGAAUUGAACACCCUUUCAAAUGAGCUACCAUACGACCCCUAUUCCCAUUAAAAAAAUCAUCGAUUGCGUCAUUACGCCCCGAUGGAUGACGUCACUAGUAUGAAAUAAAUAUUAUUAUUAUCGCGGUUAUUUAUAGCGUUCUUCGCCUUCCGGUUCCCAGUUUCCAGCUUCGUUCGUCCGUCGUUGCGUUCGCCAUGGUGAAGAUUCCUUUCCGACAUUGCCUUCUGAAUGCCGCCUAGCCAGGAUUGUUUCGGCCUUCCUCUCUUCUUUCUUUCCCUUGGCGUCCGUUUUAGAAUUUGUUUUGGCAGUCUGUCGUCAUUCAUUCUUUCUACAUGGCCAUACCAAAUCAGUUGUUUUCUUUGAAUUUCGUCUAUGUCAAAAAUAAAUAAAUCAAAGUCCUCUAAAUAUAUAUCAAAAAAUUAUAAUUUAAAAAUAAAAAUCGACUUGUUUCGGCAUAUUUCCUUAAAAUCUAAUAACUACUGCCAAAUAUCGAGGUGGACUCUUUUCUUUGGCCCACCCUGUAUAUUGAUAUUUUACAGACUUCUAAGGAACAUAUUGUAUGGUACAUUGUUUUUAAGGUUUAUAUGGGUAAAUAUUGCGUGUUUUGGAAUUAUUUCUUCCUGACAUUUCAUUUGAAGCUGUGCUAAUAAUAGUGCAGUCACUGAAGGUGGAUAUGAGCUAUUACCAUCGAUUUCGUUGAACCUCUAUCGAUUUGCAUGAAAAUUGGUGAGUGGUUAGAGGAUAUCUCAAGGAACAAAGAUGACAUGGUGUUAACUUGCGCUUUUACCCUGGGGGUGAAUGCCACUCCUUCUUGUGAGUGAAAAUUAUUUUUGUUGUUCUGAAGCUAUUUCCUUGUGGCAUUUUUAUAAUUAAGUAUUUUCGAUGGGAAAUAAACCAAAAUUUUACCAAAAAAAUGAAUUUAUUAACGUUUCGACGCCCAAGUCGGGUGUCGUUGUCAAAAUACAAAAUAAUACUAAAUAAACAAAAAUGUUGUUGCUUAGUAAAAAAUUCUUCUAAUAAUUUAUUUAAUCUGACUCAUAUCGGCAAUUCAGGCAUGUAUUAUACAUUUUAAAGUAGAAGACUUUAAAAUGAUAUUGCCAAUAUUGAUGAGUUGCGUUCCUGGUACGACUUUACUAAAAGAUAGUUCAUUCGAUUACAUGAAAUCAACCCCAACUCAAGAAUAUCCGCCACAAAAAAUCAUAACAUGUGAUCUGUCUUUAAAAAGACAAUCAAAUGCAACGAUGGCAGUAAAAUUCUCGCGCUAGAGAUUCCAUAGUAAAUCACGAGGGAAAACCAGGAAAAAACCUCGUGAUACUAUAAUAUAAUAUAAUAUUUAAACUAAAUGUAAGCCCAAAUACUUACGAUAUCGGGAUAGUAUCACGAGGUUUUUUCCUGGUUUUCCCUCGUGAUUUACUAUGGAAUCUCUAGCGCGAGAAUUUUACUGCCAUCGUUGCAUUUGGUUGUUUUUUAAAGACAGAUCACAUGCUAUGAUUUUUUGUGGCGGAUAUUCUUGAGUUGGGGUUGAUUUCAUGUAAUCGAAUGAACUAUCUUUUAGUAAAGUCGUACCAGGAACGCAACUCAUCAAUAAGUCUUCUACUUUAAAAUGUAUAAUACAUGCCUGAAUUGCCGAUAUAAAUGAGUCAGAUUAAAUAAAUUAUUAGAAGAAUUUUUUGCUAAGUAACAACAUUUUUGUUUAUUUAGUAUUAUUUUGUAUUUUGACAACGACACCCGACUUGGCGUCGAAACGUUAAUAAAUUCAUUUUUUUGGUAAAAUUGUGGCUUAUUUCCCAUCGAAAAUACUUAAUUAUGAAAAUUAUUUUAUUAAAUAAACCCCAGAAUUCGAUAGAAAAACAAAUUCUAACUAACAUUUGUUAUAUAAAGUUAUUAAAAUAAAUCAAAACUUUUUAAGUUAAUAAACAUCAAAUAUUUUAAUUUUUCGUUAGAAAAAUGCAUGUUUUUAACCGAUUUUUCAUAAAUAACUCAAAAACGAUAAGUUUUUACAAAAAGGUUAUAAUUACCACAAUUGAAGCUAAUAAAAAAUGAAAUAAACUCCUUACUAGAAAUACCUUUUAAUUUUAACUAAAAGUGAGUUUAGGUAAUUGAAUGUAUAUUUUUUUCGGCGAGUAGCCAAAUCUAAGUAUUCAAGCUUAAAUAACGGGAAAAUAGUGCAUUUUAUAACAUAAAGUUAUUAAAGAUUUGUCAAAGUACUUAAAAAUAUCUAUUAAAUGAGCCCCCGAACAAGUUGAUAACAUUAAAAUUUAUGCUCCAAAAAUGUAUCAAUAUUUAUCUUUUAAAAAUUUUUCCAAAAUAUGUUGUUUUUUCUUAAAAACUGUCAAUUUUUACGGUAUCAGGUUCACCUAAAAACCAUUUGAAAGUUAAUUCCAAGGGCUAUUAAACGUCGAAUUUAUUCUUUUAACAUCCUUACUUUUUUAAAAAUAAAAGGUUAAAAAUGGCCCCGGUUACAUGGUUCUCGCAGCAAAAUUUAAGCUUUAAACAAAUUUAUCUGUUAUUUUUUACCCUAGAGAAAUAGUGAAAACGGUAAAAUAUUUGAUAAAGAGAAAACUAAAAUUUGGUUCAAAAUCAUUUUUUACGUAUAUUGAGUAUUUUUCGAAUUAUUAUCAAAAGAAAAUGAAAAUUACGAUAAUUUUAAAAAUUCGGAUUUUUUAAAUUAUACCUUUUUUUCAAAAAUAUGCAUUUCAAACCGCUCAAAGUCGUUGAAAUCCUUAUUUAUGCUAAUAUAAAUAAAUUUUUGUAAGGAUUACUAUAAAUUUUAAUUUUUGUGAAAAUGGCGUAUAUUUUAUUUUUCACUUUUUCCUAAAAAAUUCGAAAGGGUUCUUCUAUGUUCAUCAUCUCUUGCUUACUUUUGAUGCUAUUAACUUAUGGAGUUCAUUUGAUAGGUAUUCCGAACUACUUUUACAAGUUCAUAGCAGGUAUAUUUUAUAAAAUGCAUCGUUUUCCCGUUAUUUAAGCUUGAAUACUUAGAUUUGUGUACUCUUCGAAAAAAAUAUACAUUCAAUUACCCAUAACUCACUUUGAAUUAACAUUAGUUUAGUUUUUUAAUUGAGGAGUGUAUUUAGAUUUUUAUUAUCUUCAAUUUUGGUAAUAAUAACUUUUUUGUUAAAGUUUAUAGUUUUUGAGUUAUACGCCAAAAACAGCUUUAAAACAUGUAUUUUUUUACGAAAAAAUAAAAUCUUUGAUCUUUAAUAACUCAAAAAGUAUUGAUUUAUAUUAAUAACUUUAUAUGACAAAUUUUGCUUAGAAUUUGUCCCUCUAUUGAUUUAUAGUAUUAUUUUUAAUAAAGUAAUUUUCACCCCCGAGAAAGGGUGGCAUCCACCCCCAGAAUAAAAGCGCCAGUUAGCAUCAUGUAACCUUUGUUCUUUGAGGUAUUCUCUAACUACUCACCAAUUUUCAUAAAAAUCGAUUGAGAUUCAACGAAAUCGGAGGUGAAAACCUUCGGUGACUGCACUAUAAACUUCACUGUUGACGCCAGUUUGCAAACGGUAUACUAAUCGUUUGCUUCGUUCAUCAAUAGUUAAGACAUCACGGUUUCCUGACAUUUGUCCGAAGUAUCCCUGAUACGUUUCUUUAAUUAUUUGUUUUUGUUUGCAAAAAACAUUUGUUACUCUUAUAAUUUCUACCAAUUUAUUUACCUGAUUAUAAUUGAAAUAAUGAUAUGUUAGUGUUAGUUCGUUCAUGUUUUAUAUUUGAGGGCGUUAAAACCUAAGUGGUGUAAGUCAUAUUUUCGAAAUGAUGCAAGUCCCGCUUUAUAAUUUCUAUAUUAUAUAGACCUCUUAUCAUCAGAAAAAUCAGUAAAAGUGAUGUAAGUCUUUAUGGCAAUACAGUAAAAACUUACACCACUUUUACUUUUAAGAGGUCUAUGUAUCAAGAGUAUAUGGCAAGCCCUACAUCAUUUCAAAAAUAUUAUUUACACCACUUUGGUUUUACCCUCAUUUGUUUGUUUAUUAUAGUUUCGUAUAAAUUUUUUGUUAAUAUGUAUUUUUGUAUUUUUUGAUAUGACAUUGAAUAAAUUUAAUAAGAAACA